AAGCAGAUGGUAACUGCUAUCUUGUUGGAGUCUGAAAUGCAUCUGUCGGAUGAAAUUAUAGAAGUAAUUAUUGACAAGACUUUUACAGAUGCAGAUGCUGACAUGGAUGGCAAACUCAGCAAAGAAGAUUGGAAAGCUUUUGCUAUUCGACACCCCAACCUUUUGAAGAACAUGACUCUUCCUUAUUUGAAGGACAUCACCACAGUAUUUCCAAGUUUUGUUUUUAACACGGAGGUUGAGGACUGAGAAUUAGAAUUUGCAUGCUCAAGACUAUCAAGGAGUUUCUGGGAACUUGAGGUCCAUGUAUGACCGACCACUUGGGGCUGCCAUUGAAGCUGAAUCUUUGCUUUGUAAAGGUUUUGUGAUGUCUGUUGAAGCCAUACUCAUCAUCUUUGCAGCUGGUGGUGGUAAUUGGUUCUGCAAAAUACAGGUGAAACCAGAAUUGUUGCGCACUCAAAUUCCUUAUCCUCGUGAUUGAAGGUCCUGCCAAGGAUAAAUAUCUGGCCAAUUUCAUACUCAUUGAUUCAAUCGAGUUCUGUGUUAUACAGAGAUUAGAAUUGCUGAUUAUGGAUUUCUUGCUUCUGUACAGUUUC